GCCGUUGGUUGAACUACGAGGACAAGAAUCUCUUCACCGCGCAGGGUGACUCGACGUGCCAGACUCUACCUGCGUCUGAUUUCUCCUUGUCACCUUCCCUCCUCCUUAACUUUGAUAAACCCAUCACCUCAACGCGUCCAUCUCGAUGAUCAAUUUCCUUCCACUCCUCCCGCGUCCUAUCCUCUCCUCUCCGCCUCUGCCAGGCCACCAGUGAUAUGCCGAAACGUGUCGCCGAAGAAUACAUCACCAAAGAAAACGGAUCAUCCGCAAACUUUGACCCUGCCGGCGACAAGCCCAAAAUGUCUACUGCAGCACAGCUGGCCAAGCGAAAAAUCGCUCAGCCAAGAAGUCGUCUGGGGGCAAAUCGUCCAUCCCAUUCUUCCUUCGGUGGUGCCGCAACACCUACCAAACCCGCACAACAGCAAACGUUCGGCAGUGUCAAUGGUUUUACAUUUGGUGCAGCCCAGUCGUUUCCACAAGAUAACAGCACUACCGGUACCGGUUUUAGCUUUCAAGCCCCUCCUCAGUCGAGCUCGUUUACCUUUGGCGCCCCCAAUCCCUCGUCCGUCUCCAACCCCUUUGCCAAUUUAAAUGGUAAUUCCCAGUCUGCAACUGUCCUUCAAGAAGAUACUUCAAUGGAGAGUCCUCAGAAAAAGCCCGCUAUAGGCAAUAUUUUUGGCGCUUCCAGUGGAGCGAAUACAACUGCCUCGAACUUUACCUUUGGCCAGUCGGUUCAGCCCCAGGCAAAUGGUGGUAUCAACUUCGGAUCGACUCAACCCAGUAAUAGUACUCCAAGUAUGAAUGGAGGAGGUCUGUUUGGCAGUUCUUCCAAACCCGAAGCUACCGCAUCACCUAGCAACCCCUUCGCUUCUCUUGGACAGCCCAAACAGCCCCAGCAGUCGUCUUUCUCGGGCUUCGCUCCCACAGCUGCUUCAUCUCAACCCGAAACCUCAAAUUUUACAUUUGGUCAACCAACAUCUGCUCCACCCAGCCAAAAGCCCUCCUUCAGUUUCGGCCAAACGAGCACGUCGAGCGCUCCAACCUUUGCCCCUGCGCAAACCCCAGGAGCUGGACAGCCACCAAAUUCCACUUUCUUCUCGGCCCAAACCCCGGCACAAGCACCACUGCCUGGAUUCUCACCUGCGAAAGAAAUCUCAGGCAAUCAAGAUCAACCCAAGACACCAUCACUUUUUUCUGUUCCAAAGUCAUCGAUAUCUCAGGAAUCAGCGACAUCUAAUGCACCACCACCAUCGUUUCUUUUUGGCAAAUCCCAGCCAACUUCUGGAACCCCGAUUGCAACGACUUCAGGAGAACCGCUGUCUUCGGGGUUCGGCCUGCAAACCGAGGAAGCAAGUCCUGAAAGAGGAACUUCUCCAGCAAAGGCCCCUGAUGCCGAUACAACCAUUCCCAAGAAUCCCUUUGCCGGCCUCUUUGGUCAGCCAACCACGACUCCUCAGCCUGUCAAACCACUCUUUGGUCUUGCGAAUUCCACACCGUCAUCAGUUCCUGCGGCCACAAGUACUUCUAGCCCUGCAUUGGAGAAGCCUGCAGACAAACAUGCUCCUGCUUUUACAUUUGGACAGCCUGCCGCACAGGCGGUCAAAUCAACACCGGGCUUUGCGUUUGGGCAGACUGCGGCGCCACCUCCUUCGAGUGCUGGUCUUUUCUCUCCCACAAAUUCCAACACCGAGAGCAACAACCUGAGGUCUAAUCUCUUUGGCUCAGCACCUUCAGCAACACCUCUCUCCAACCCACCUAUCCCGUCCAGUGAAGGACCCAAGCCUUUUGCUAGUGCAAGUACAGGUCCGCAGACCAAAUCUGCCUUUUCUUUUGGCACGCCUUCUCCUGCAGAUAGCACGCCUGGUGUAGCAUCCACCUCGCCGAACAAACCCACUGUUCAUGCCACCGAAGACGGAGUCAAGAAACAAGCUAGUGUUGCCAACCCACAAUCUGUUUCCAACCAGCCUAUCUCCGGAAUCUCUACCCCAAAAUCGGCGCCGCCUGUUCAGACUGUUGGCCGGGAGACUACCUCUACUACCUUGUCUGAAGUCACCGAGACAACUCCACGGCCAGUCUACACAAAAGCCGCACAUUUCAUCCCCGGAUCUCUGCCCGCGGAACAGUAUCGUAGUUACGAUCGGAACUAUCGUUUGCAUUCAUUAAACGUCGGUCUGCAGAAAAAGCUCUCUGGAGUUGACCCGAGGUCAUUUGACUUCGACAAUAUUAUUCGACAUUAUGUUGCAGCAAGGGAAAGCAUCGGGGAAUCUCUUGGUCUGUAUGAACGCAAUCUGGCGGGUGCGAAACGUAAAUCCGAUCGGGCGGAAGACCAGGAUGAUUCGAGCUCACGCAAUAAGCGCACCCGCUCGGAGGAAUCUGUGGGCAAGACCAUCCCCUCGACAGCUCCUUUUGCUAGCGCGACUUCGACAACUUCCGAACCCCAGUCUUUGUUCGCUCUCAGCUCACCUGCUGCACAGACAGGCCCAAGUUCCAGCCCUUCCAGAGCUACGGAACUGUUUCGAGACAUGAUACCGGGUUCAAGUGACAGCCAGUCUGAUAAGGCCAAGCCUUUCAACUCCUUUGCAGGUAUCGCUUCGCAGCCAUCCUCCACUCAGAGUUCCACCACCCCCAACCCCUCAAACCCCUUCGCGUCUCUUGCCUCGGGUUCGAAUACUUUGGCGACCACACCGUCGUCGAGCCAUAGACCAGCUACUGCCUCCACUUCAGCACUAUCUGGACCAUCUUCCAGCACAUUUGCAAGCCCCAGUAAGGAAAGCCGGAUCGAAACUCCUCAGACGGAAAAUCAAAAGUCGACUGUCGCAGAAAGUACUACACCAAAGAAAUCAUCCGCUAAGCCUGCCUUUGAAAUGCCCAAGUUUGGUACUGGCGGGGCAAAUUUCAUGGCAGCUUUUGGGCAGCAGGCAAAACAGAGUGCUGACAAAUUCGAAAAGAGCCAGCUGGAGAAGCGAAAAGCGGAAGAAUUUGACUCUGACGAAGACGACGAGGAAACUUUCUACAAGCAGAUUGAGGAAGAAAAAAGGGCGAAAAGAGCCAAGAUUGAAGCUAUCGCCCGCGGCGGCUUCGUGCCUUCCUUCGGCCAAAAGAGUGGCGAGUCUUCUACGGCAUUGUCUGUGUCUGGGGGCACUACAGACGCCCUCAAAGGUAGUGGACUUGGUUCAUCAUUUCUGGUCAAGAAAGGCUCAGCACCGAGUGCCACUGCAAGUCCUAACCCCUUUGCGAGCUUGGGAGCAGCCGCCGCGAAACAAUCCCAUUUAGCCGUGGACGAUACCACUGAGAAUCAAAGCUCGUCUGAGGGUAACGAAGACACAAACGACGCCGAAGAUGGAGACGAGGCUGGAGCUUCUGGUGGCAGUGACGAAGACGACUCCGACAACUCUCCUGAUGAUGACGCCCCCAACCAAGACGAUGAGGAUGAGGAUGACGAGGCGAAUGGCCAUGACGGCGAUAUGACACCCAGCCCAAAUGCUGGGAGGAGCCUUUUCGACCGAAUCGAGCCUAACCCUAACAUUGCUCAAACUAAGGAAACCCCAAACGGCAUCAAGAACAGUGCAGAGGACGACUCCAGUGCCAUCUUUCAGUCGGCGAAGAACCCCGCGUUCAAGAAAUCUCUUUGGGGCUCUCAGAUUGGCCAAGAGACCCCUGAGCAGCCAACUUUCUCUCCCAUCACGCCCUCGACGACCGAUUCGACUCCCGCAUACAAGCCUGCCACAACUUUUACCUUUACCGCUCCACCUGCAGCAUCUCGAGCACCGACUCCUGGAGCCUCGAUUUUUGCGGGCGGCCUCACCAAGAACGGACCUAUCCCUGGAGAAGGCAUGUUUGGAUCUCGGCCUAGCACCCCAAGUAAUGGCGACAAAGCUGUGGAUAGUAACCCGCUGUCGCGGUCGGUCCUCGCCUCACCACCAGGGACUGAUAAUACUUGGAAACAAGGGGCACCCAUCACCUUUGGGGCUUCGGAGACGUCAGCGCCGUCUUUCAAAUUCACUGCUGCAUCACCUGGGCCAACUAGUUCAGCCUCUACACCAAAGCCCUUUGGCAGCCUGUUUGGUACUUCUAGCACAGAUUCUAAAUCAGCCGAAGCGCCUAAAGUUGGGUUCAGCUUUGGCGCGCAGCCAUCGUCUCCUGCCCCUGGCUUUCUCGGUGCAGUGUCUCAUCUUGGGGGCGGGUCUGCGGCUAGUUCGGCGAUGUCAUCAAGAGCUACCUCACCUGGGUUGACUGAUACGGAAUCCGUCGCCACCAAUGAUACGGAAGAGUCGACUGAUCCCCAAGCAUCCUUAAUGGAAUCUCGAGCAGGAGAAGAGAAUGAGGACUGUCUGUGGGAAGGACGUUCAAAGGCCCUCAUGUUUGUCAACAAAGAUUCUGCAGAAGGUACAAAGCUGAAGCCCAAUGACUGGAACUCGAUGGGCGUAGGCCUUGCACGAGUAUUGAAGGAUAAGACGACCAAUAAGACACGAGUCUUGUUCAGAGUCGAGCCGAGUGCUUCUAUUCUCAUUAAUUCUCACCUGAUUGAGAGCACAUCGUAUGAGAAUAUGCCGUCCCAAAAGAGUGGCGCCGUCAAGGGCACGCUUCUCUACAAGGGGAACCUUUCACGAUGGGUGUUCAAAGUCAAGACACCAGAGAUGGCUGAAGAGCUGACCAGAAUAUUGGAGGACAACAAAGCAGCAUGAGUUGGUAUCUUGACAAGAUGAGGUACCUUAAAAGGGGAAUGUUUGCUGGGUGGAAGAAUGAGAUGAGCCCGGUGGAGGUCAUUUGCAACCGGAAUAAUGCGGAUCUUUGUCGCCCAUAUGGGUCAUGUUACAGUUCACAGUGCUGGUUCUACAGAUGCACAGCGUUGGCGUUGGCUAAAAUUGUCUUUGAUCGGGACGCAGAACGUCGCGAUCAAACCUGCUGGAAAGUAAAUACAUUGUCACCAGCGCGUAUCUCUAAAGCGCAGGGUCGACGAUGACCUUUUCAUCUAUGGCUCUCUAAAGGCCGUGUUUUACAUAGAGUUUCCGUGGUUGACUUCAAUCAUUGCCACUGGCUGGUCGAGGGCCAAUCAAUCAUCCGAGGAACAGUCGAGCCGACGAUUCGG